GCAUCGGGGGCUGAAGUCUGGUCUUCAUGUCCAGUUGAACCCUUGCAGUUGCACUCGAGUAGGCAGAAUGAUUUCCAGGCUGGUCUUCCUGCUGUGCUUCACCGUUCUUGUCCAAAAGGCCACACCUUCUGACAUACUAGAUGUUUUGGGUGAUGUUAUAAAUGCAUUAGCUGAUGCAGUCGUCUCAACUUUGUUUGAUGAAGACACGGAUACCAGUGACAAGGACUUGGACUGGCUUUAUGAGUUACUGGAACCUGAAGACCAAUGCAACCCAAACCCAUGCCACAACGAUGGCGUGUGUGAGGUUGUGGACGACGACGACUUCCGCUGCUCUUGUCCGCCUCCUUACAAAGGGAAGACAUGUCAGAAAGUCAGGAACAUCUGUAAGAAAGCCAAUUGUGUCCGUGGCGAGUGUACGGUGACGCUCACUCCGCCAUACUACGAAUGCAAGUGCAAGGAGCCGUACCAGCCCCCGAACUGCAAAGUGGCUUCAUCCUGCAAUCCAAGCCCAUGCUUGAAUGGCGGGACGUGCCACAAAGGCGUUACGCGCUCCAGCUUUUGGUGUGACUGCCCGGCCAACUACACUGGCAAACUCUGCCAAGUCGGUCCCGACGACUGCUACGAGGAGAACGGGGAGAACUAUCGGGGAAAUGUGAGCGAGACCGUUGAAGGGUUGGAGUGCCUGCCGUGGAACGCAUACUUCAUCUUGUCUGAGGCCGUAGACCUCAGUGAAUACAACAUCUUGAAGGAGCUUGAACACAACAACCUGUGCAGGAACCCAGAUGGAGAUGCCCGGCCUUGGUGCUUUGUGAGACAUAAGAAUGAGCUCACAUGGGAAUACUGCAAAGUGAGAAAAUGCUUUGGAUCUGGGAACGAGACAGAGCCAAUUGAGCCGAAUGAGGAGACCACAGAAGAACCCACUCUUAUACCAGAGGAGGACUUUGCCACCUGUGGGCAACCCCAGACCAAACGUGUGGCUGCCAGGAUCUACAGGGGCAUGAAGGCUGAACCUGGGGCCUACCCCUGGCAGGUCUCAUUGCAAGUCCGCCCCAAGGGCACUGAUAUUGAUUUUGGCCACUACUGCGGAGGGAUUCUCAUUCGUUCCUGUUGGGUUCUCACUGCAGCCCACUGUAUUGACAACAGCACUGAAAAGCAGGUGGUCCUGGGAGCUAUGAACCUGAAGAAGCUUGACCCAGAUGUCCAGAUCUUAGAUGUUGUUGAAGCCAUAAAUCAUGAGGACUACAGAGAGACACCAGAAGCCUGGUACAAUGACAUUGCUCUGCUGAGGCUCAAAGGCUCCGAAGGCCGUUGUGCAAAUGAGACCGAGACCGUGAGGACGGCCUGCCUGCCGACAGAAACCUUCCCCGAUAAGACAGAGUGCACUAUCUCCGGGUGGGGGGCCACUGAGAAAGCCUACAGCUCCAACCACCUACUGUAUGCCCCUGUGCUCCUGCUGUCCCAGAAGCGCUGCAUGGAGGAAAAGGUGUACGGCAACAGGCUUGACGGUAGCAUGCUGUGUGCCGGCAAUAUGAAGGGAGGGGUGGACUCCUGCCAGGGCGAUUCUGGCGGACCGCUGGUUUGCGAGAAGGACGGGACGCACUACGUGUACGGUGUGGUCAGCUGGGGCGACAGCUGCGGAAAGCGCAAUAAGCCGGGCAUCUACGCUCGCGUCACCACCUUCCUCGACUGGAUCGACUCCAAACUAUCUCUUGGGCAUCAGGGGCUGAAGUCUGGUCUUCAUGUCCAGUUGAACCCUUGCAGUUGCACUCGAGUAGGCAGAAUGAUUUCCAGGCUGGUCUUCCUGCUGUGCUUCACCGUUCUUGUCCAAAAGGCCACACUUUCUGACUUAAAAGAUACUGCUGAUGAUGAUGAAGACACUACCACCGAUGACGACACUGCCACCGAUGAGAAGGACAACAGCUUGGACUGGCUUUAUGACUUACUGGACCCUGAAGACCAGUGCAUCCCAAACCCAUGCCACAACGGUGGCGUGUGUGAGGUUGUGGACGACGACGACUUCGACUGCUCCUGUCCGCCUCCUUACAAAGGGAAGAGGUGUCAGAAAGUCAGGAACAUCUGUAAGAAAGCCAAUUGUGUCCAUGGCGAGUGUACGGUGACGCUCACUCCGCCAUACUACGAAUGCAAGUGCAAGGAGCCAUACCAGCCCCCGAACUGCAAAGUGGCUUCAUCCUGCAAUCCAAGCCCAUGCUUGAAUGGCGGGACGUGCCGCAAAGGCGUUACGCUCUCCAGCUUCUGGUGCGACUGUCCGGCUAACUACACUGGCAAUCUCUGCCAAGUCGGUCCCGACGACUGCUACGAGGAGAACGGGGAGAACUAUCGGGGAAAUGUGAGCGAGACUGUUGAAGGGUUGGAGUGCCUGCCGUGGAACGCAUACUUCAUCUUGUCUGAGGCCGUAGACCUCAGUGAAUACAACAUCUUGAAGGAGCUUGAACACAACAACCUGUGCAGGAACCCAGAUGGAGAUGCCCGGCCUUGGUGCUUUGUAAGACUAGAGAAUGAGCUCACAUGGGAGUACUGUAAAGUGAGAAAAUGCUCUGGAUCUGGGAACGAGACAGAGCCAACUGAACCGAAUGAGGAGACCACAGAAGAACCCACUCUUAUACCAGAUGAGGACUUUGCCACCUGUGGGCAACUCCAGACCAAACGUGUGGCUGCCAGGAUCUACAGGGGCAUGAAGGCUGAACCUGGGGCCUACCCCUGGCAGGUCUCAUUGCAAGUCCGCCCCAAGGGCACUGAUAUUGAUUUUGGCCACUACUGCGGAGGGAUUCUCAUUCGUUCCUGUUGGGUUCUCACUGCAGCCCACUGUAUUAACAACGACACUGACAAGCAGGUGGUCCUAGGAGUUACAAGCCUGAAGAAGUUCAGUCCGGAUGUCCAGGUCAUAGACGUUGUUGAGGCCAUAACUCACGAAGACUACAGAGAGACACCGGGAGCCUUGUACAAUGACGUUGCUCUGCUGAGGCUCAAAGGCUCCGAAGGCCGUUGUGCAAAUGAGACCGAGACCGUGAGGACAGCCUGCCUGCCGACAGAAACCUUCCCCGAUAAGACAGAGUGCACCAUCUCUGGGUGGGGGGCCACUGAGAAAGCCUACAUCUCCAACCACCUGCUGUAUGCCCCUGUGCUCCUGCUGUCCCAGAAGCGCUGCAUGGAGGAAAAGGUGUACGGCAACAGGCUUGACGGUAGCAUGCUGUGUGCCGGCAAUAUGAAGGGAGGGGUGGACUCCUGCCAGGGCGAUUCUGGCGGACCGCUGGUUUGCGAGAAGGACGGGACGCACUACGUGUACGGUGUGGUCAGCUGGGGCGACAGCUGCGGAAAGCGCAAUAAGCCGGGCAUCUACGCUCGCGUCACCACCUUCCUCGACUGGAUCGACUCCAAACUAUCUGCCUCAUAAUUUCAGGAAGCAUACCGGUUCCGUGUGCGUGUACAUGUGGUCGUGUGUGAGCUCCACCUUUCACAAAAGCUAGACAGCAGGUGGUGUAGCGAUAAAAUAAUUAUUUCUUUCCCAUGUUAAUUUCCAAUCACUGAAUCUGUUUCCUCCAUCCUCAUCGGGUGAAGAAUAAAAGUGUGUAAUGUAGCUGAA